UGCUCGUGACGUCAGAGCAUCAUGGCGGAGCAGCGUUCUCAGCCCCUCAGCGGCUUAUUGAGUGGCUUGGUUCAGCUCACCUACUAUCGCAGCUCUGGCAUUACCGAGCAAAUGCUGAAAGAGCAGCUCUAUCCUGAUCUGCCGCAGCAAGAUUUCAGAAUUCUGCUCGAGAAAAUGGCUGGGAUACUGCGGUCAAUAGCAUCUGCAGACAUGGAUUUAAACCAACUGGAAGCCUUCUUAACCGCACAAACCAAGAAACAAAAUGGAAUUACACAGGAGCAGGCGACAGUUCUAACAAAAUUCUGGAAAAGUCAUAAAGUGAAAAUCCGAGAAAGUCUUAUUAAUCAGAGCAAAUGGGAGAACUGUCUGAGGAAUUUGAGCUGGAGAGUUGACCUGAAGUCUCAGUCCAGACAUUUAGAUCAAAUAAACACACCGGUUGCUAUUGUGGAGUUUGAACUUGGUAAGAACAAUCAGGAAUCAGAAUUUCUCUGCUUGGAGUUGAAUGAGAUCAAAGUGAACCAGCUCCUGAACAAACUAGCAGAAAUUGAAAAACGUAUUGGUGCUCUGAGUUACAUCAGCUGACAUCGAUGGAGAUAAAGAAACUAAACAGAUGGUAGUACCAACACCAAAAUGAGCACUAAAUAUCCCAUCGAAUUAUGGAAUAUAUGUAUUACAUUGGUUGUAGAAUGGUCAAAACUGGAAUGCAAUUUUGAGUUUACUUAAUGACAGCCUCUUAUUUACCCACAGGCCUGAAGUAACAAUGUCUGCCUCACUAAUUCUUUCCUCACCAUCUAGUAUUUUUGUUGUAACUUGUACGGAAGAUACAGCUUUUGAUUUGGUAUGUUUCACCUAAACCCUUCAGACAUCACCAGCUACUUUAGAAUCUUCUUUAGAAUGUAAAUUUGCAUUCAGCUGGGUUGGGAAUGCAAGUCAUCUUUCCCUUAACUUUAGCCUCUUGCCAACAGACAAAUUAGUUUGGAUAAUCUCAACAUCUCAUUUCCUUAUGAAACCUUGUCAGCAACAUCUAUAUUAAUUGGACAGUCAUCUCAGAAAGAUAUAAUGGGGUUUGAAGGGUGGUGUACUGGGGAUUAAUGUUGAGGUAGAAUUUUUGAUGCUUAACUGGUCCAAGCUGUAGCCUGAUGAGGGAUGUUUGAUAUUCAAUCAAUUUCAUAAAUCAGUUUUCUCACUUGACUAUGGUCUCCAUGAAUACAGUAUUGCAUGUUAUCCUUAUGAGGCUAUAUUUGGGAUUUUGAUGUUACUGGUACAAGCACACAAAACAUUCUUCAUUACAGGACCAGGAUAUUGAGGGCAAGUUAUUUUGCUGUAAGAAUAUAUAAUUUUCAUGCUCUAUAUGGAUUUCUUCAGAAAAACUUUUCCGUAUCCUGUGUUUAUAUAACUCAAUUACUUUACUAUACAUAUACAUGAUCCGAAUAAA